CUUGUUGUCUGCCUCCCAGCCAGUCUGUAGUCUUCUAUGAAGAAACUCUCUUCAGGAAAUGGCCGUUCCUAAAUCUUUGCUGAAUUCCCUGACCUUUAUCUUUGGAUCAGCAAUUGGAUUUUUCUUAUGUUACAUGUUGUUCAGCUUAAUACUGGAGGAACAGGUUAAGACUGAGCCUCGUAUUCUUUACAACAAUCCCCAUGUCCGUCACUCAGAUGAUGAUGAAAGUGAUCUAUUGAAUGGACAGAUGAAUUUCAAUGCAGAUGCUGGGCAACACAAAGAUGAAGACAAAAAUAUUGCUGAAGAACUCCAUCAGAAGGUCAAAAUCCUUUGCUGGGUAAUGACAGGUCCUCAGAAUCUGGAAAAGAAGGCCAGGCACGUCAAAGCGACUUGGGCCCAGCGUUGCAACAAGAUGCUGUUCAUGAGUUCUGAGGAAAACAAAGACUUCCCAACAGUGGGUUUAGAAACCAAAGAAGGCAGGGACCAGUUGUAUUGGAAGACCAUUAAAGCUUUCCAGUACGUCCACGACCAUCAUCUUGGUGAAGCAGACUGGUUCAUGAAAGCAGACGAUGACACGUAUGUUGCACUGGACAACUUGAGGUGGCUUCUUUCGAAGUACAGUCCUGAAGAAGCAAUUUAUUUUGGAAGAAGGUUUAAGCCUUAUGUGAAACAGGGUUACAUGAGUGGCGGUGCGGGCUAUGUGCUGAGCAAAGAAGCCCUGCGGAGGUUUGUGAAUGCUUUUAAAACCAACAAAUGUUCUCAUAGCUCUUCCAUCGAGGACCUGGCACUGGGCAAAUGCAUGGAGGCCAUUGGUGUAAAAGCUGGAGAUUCCCGGGAUACAAGUGGCAAAGAAACAUUUCAUCCCUUUGUGCCUGAACAUCAUUUAAUCAAAGGAUACCUACCCAAAACGUUUUGGUAUUGGAAUUAUAACUACUAUCCUCCUAUAGAGGGUCCUGGAUGCUGCUCUGACCUGGCAGUUUCUUUCCACUAUGUUGAUGCUGCCACUAUGUAUCAGUUGGAAUAUUUGAUUUAUCAUCUCCGCCCCUAUGGUUAUCAAUUCAGGUACAAUCCUGACUUUCAUAAGAAUUUAAAAACACAAAACUUAAGCGACACAGCAAAAGACGAUGCAGAAGACACAGCAAAAGACGAUGCAGAACCAAAAGUCGAAGGUCCUCUGAAGGGCUCUAAAUAAAAUGACGUCUAGUGCACUGAAGAAGCCUUAUGGAAUGAUGAACUAGCACACCAAGCCCACAGAUGGCUAGAUGGAUUUUUUAAAGUGUCCUUUCAAGUGACUGCAAACUGCAGAUGCUCGCCUAAGAUGUCAGGAAGACGUUUCACGUGCCAUGAAGGUGAAAGGCCAGAUCCCUCCCCCCCCCAUGAGCUAUGAAACCUCUUUGGCUGUUUGGUGAUGUAUGCACACAGGCUUCCUGCUGCAACCAAUUACCAUUGCCCAGCUCCACAUGAAUAUGCAGUAUUGUAGAUCUCUGAAUCAGCUGAGUCAGUUCUUAA